CACUUUCCUUUGGAACGAGAAUCACGUUUAACGAAUUUUUUCAAAUUCCCCGAAAAGAGUGUUAGUGUCGCGGCAACAUGGCCUGGAUGUAGAUCUGACAUGGUCUGGUGCUCACCAUAUUGCUAAUCGCAGUGUUAUUACUCAAUCGAACGCGCCAGUAUGCAACUCUCCAGAUCUGAUCUUUCCGUAUGAUCUUUCCGUAUUAAUCGUGCUUCAGUGUACGGUAAUCACCGCGCUAUGCCUGCCGGCUGCCGGUGAUCAUUCCACGUUGCUACGGACAACAUACAGGUUCCAUCAGCGGGGAGCCGUGCAUCCGUCACAGCGUGCUUCGAAAGGUGUGUUUGCAAUUUUAUGCUGCACAGAGUCGCGGAAUAGUGCGAAUGAAUCCGCGAUUUCAUAUGAUCAAUAAUAUGCAUAAAGCCUUCGCAUUCUGCGGCCCCUGGUGGCAGGAUACGCUUAAUAUGAAGCAAGCGCCCACGGAGACAUUGGAGGAUUUCGCUAAUCGGGUGCUGAAGCGCGUGCAGGAUGCCACGUGCUCCAAGCAGGUGCACCAGGAGAUCGCCAUGGGUAUUUUCAUGUGUGGCAUCGCGUCGGACGCGGUACGACGUUCGCUGCUUGUGUGCGAUUAUCCGCAUCUGCAGGCAAUGAGCGCAUGGGCUGAAGAGCACGGGGAGGAUGAUGAAAUGCCCGUUUUGGAUAACGUUGAAACUGUCGUGGAAGCGCCAAUUGUCCCUGUCAAGAAGCCAAUCCGCCCAGCGAAGCGUGCCCGUCGUAAGUGGUAUCCUGUUAAGCGCUUGUGCCGUGUCCUGCGCAGCCGCCGGGAACUACGCCGUCGCAAAUGGAUGCGAGCACGCGUCAUGCUCAAAGUGGGAUCAUCCCGGGUGUAAAAAGGUGACAAGAUUGUGCAAUAUGCAUCAAUCUAACAAGAGUCUUCAUAAAACAACCAGUGCAGCUUUUUCGAUAGUGUUACUGUCUUUUUAUCACUAUAUGUGCGACCUUUGGUUGAACUGCAUGCAUGAGCCUAUUCGUCGUUUCUGGAUCUUCAGAUAUUUAUUUUUAUAGCUUGUUGUCGUUAUUUUUGAAUAGUUCGUUCGUUCGGUCGUUCGUUCGUUCCUUUUUUACUUCUGUUUACUUUCUCAAACCGCUAUACUUUUUAAGUUCAUUGUGGUUUUGACUUUUGAGCAACAAGAUGCGUUUACAGUGGGCCGUCGAUGGCUAAAGUCUCGGCGAUUAUUCC